AUGUCCUGUCGCCGCCGCGCGCCGUUGCCUUGGGCUCUCCUUGGCCUCCUCGUCCUGGGGGCGGCUCGCACUGGAGAGACCACGAUCGGCUGCGAGCUCACCGUGCCCCGGAGCGAGUGGAGGGCCAUGGCGUCCCAGUGCAGGGAAGGCCUGAAGCUGCCCGUGCGCUACGUGAUCGUGUCGCACACCGCGGGUAGCACCUGCGCCACUCCCGCCCUGUGCGAGCAGCAGGCCCGGAACGUGCAGUACUACCACAUGAAGGAGCGAGGCUGGUGUGACGUGGGCUACAACUUCCUGAUCGGAGAAGAUGGGCAGGUGUAUGAGGGCCGGGGCUGGUACACCAAGGGAGCCCACACGGGGGCCACCUGGAACCCCAUAUCCAUUGGCAUCUCCUUCAUGGGCAACUACAUGGAGCGGGUGCCCCCGGCGCGGGCCCUCCGGGCAGCCAAGAAUCUGCUGGCGUGCGGCGUGGCGCAGGGCGCCCUGAGCCCCCGAUACGAGGUCAAAGGGCACCGAGAUGUGCAGCAGACGCUCUCCCCCGGCGACCAGCUCUACGCCAUCAUCCAGACUUGGCCCCACUACCGCGCGUGA